UGUGCUUCCUGUACCCUGCCCUGCUUUUGGGGAAGUUCUCAGGAUGGGCAAAGGUCAGCAGCUUGUGAGAUCUCUGUUUCCUCUGAGGCUUCCUGCUUUUCUGUGGAGUCAUCUCAUCUGUACAAGACAAGGACACUUACUCUUCCCAGGGAGAGCGUUGAGAAAUUGCCACAUGACACUUGCAAAAAAAAAAUUCAGCCGUGCAAACUACCUUGUAAAAGUUGGAGUCAGUAGACAUGUACUUGCAAAUUAUGUCAUUUGUGGUAGCUAUUAAUGUCACCAUCCCGUGAGAAUCAAACUUUAUUGUCGUCCUCAAAACUAACCUGGCUUCAGGUACCUUCUCACGACAGCCACUAGUCCAUCGUCUUUGGAAUCGGCUCGUUGCUGGGCAGGGACUUUCUAAUUGCAAAGCAUGUUGGGUACCGUAGUCCUUUAACCCUGCUGAGUGCUGAAACUUCUUCGAGACUCCACACAUUCGGGUAGGAUAAUUUACUCGUUUCAAUAAAAGUUUACUAGUGUAUAUUAGUUCAGAGCCAAAUUAUUACAGUCAGUGUUGUCAUGUUUGAGGAUUUAGGUUUUUUGGUGGGAAAAGGGCAAAAGGCAGACAUUCUGCUGUCAACUUUGACAGAAAUGUGCUCAUAUGCUAAACCAGGAAGUUGACUGAAAGAAAGCUAGCGUUACAAGUUCCAGAUGUACCUGUGAUUUAAUGUAUAAUUCACAAUUAAAAAGUUUGCUAAAUAAAAAACGAUCUAAAUGAAAUGUACUUUUCUUUGCCAGGCUGCCUGCAAUUGAUCAGUAUACAUGGUGAUGGAAUUCCCAACUACAUUAGACCUAGAAGACCCAGGCCCAGUGGGACCUCCAGGGGGGCAAAAGCAGCCUGUGAAGUCCCACCUGUUGGCCUCCAGAGAGCUCCUGGUGGCCUCCCUGUAUAACCUGGCUCCCCUGCUGGACAGGACCCUGGCAGCCGGCCUGCUCUCCCAGGAGAACUACUUUGAGGUGGGGGCAGAGAGGACCCCUCAGGGCCGGGCCCGCAGGCUGCUGGAGGUGGUCCAGGCUGAGAUGGACGAGGCUGGGGCCAGAGGCUUCAUGGAGUGCCUCAGGAGAUGCAAGCAGCACUACCCGCGCCUCCGAGCCUGGCUCAGAACUGAUGCAGAUAUUCAGCGUGGACCCACAGAGCGUAAGCUGCAGGCCCAGCUCAGUGUCCUGUGUGGCCGGUUGGGGUUCUCUGUCCUGCCAGUCUCCCUGGAGCUGUUCUCUAAUGGCACCCUGACCCAGUUUGAGCUGGACCAGGUCCAGGCAGUGCCCACAUCCUACCAGCAGACCCACCAGCUCCUGUCCAUCUGUCUGUCCAAGGGAGAGAGGGCCUGCUGUAGCUUCUACCAGGCCCUGGGCAGCGAAGACCAACAGCUGGCCUCAGACAUCAGUGUCAGUGGGCUGGUAGAGGCUCUGCCUGAUAUCUCUGUGGUCAGUGGUCAUGAAGCUUAUAUCACCUCUGUGGCAGUGGAGGAUCCUGGGGUGUGUAGUACUCCUGUGGAAGUGAAGGAUUAUGGGGACUGUAGUACUCCUAUAGCAGUUGAGACCAGACAUACUGAUGGGGAAGUUCUGUCUCUCCCAGACACCCACAUACUCUCAGGUGUGCUCCAGCAGGUACUGGCCCUGCUGGCCGUGGCUCCAGGUGAGGGGGCCAGGCUAAAUGUGUGUGAGCUGGGGGUGGCGGUGGGUCUGCCCAGGAGGACCGUCAGAGAGUGCCUGUUGGAUGGGGUGGGGGUGGGGGACAUCGCUCAGCUCAGGGCCCUGGUCACCCUCUUCCUCAUUAAGACCCAGGAUGCCUCAAGGCUGCUAAGCAGGGUGGCAGAGUGCACAGCACACCGGGUGCUGCUGUCUGAGAGGGGAUAUAUGUUACUGAAGCUGCUGCCAGUGGCUGAGGCCUUUCUCCAUUCCUGGGACCACCACCCCUGCAAGCUAGGGACCACCUCCGCACUGGGGACCACCACCACCUGCGAGCUGGGGACCAUCUCCACACUGGGGACCACCACCACCUGCAAGCUGGAGACCACAUUGACAAAGUGUGGAACAUCUUUAGCUUUCUCCUGUGGGACAGCAUGGCAGAGGCACUGGAGGAUCCUGGGGCUGCAGUGGAAUCAUUGUGGAACCCUAGGGAUGCUGUCCGUCUAUUACGAGACAGUGAGAGAGUGGAGACAGAGCUUCUCCAGGAGUUGGAGGAGUGUUGGGCGGACGGGGGAACUGAGAGCCUGUUACAGAGUGUUAAAGUACUAGCUCAGUUGUUACGUGACCUCCACCCUCUCCAGGACAGUCUGUGCCUCUCCCCUCUUGAAGAGGGGGCUGUGUACCCCUGCCGCUCUCGCAGACUCCACAG